UGAGAGUGAAAGCUAUGGCGGCAAUCGAAAUGAGAUGGCGAAGUUUGGUGCAUGCCAUCUUCGAAGAAUCGACUCGAGAAUGAAACGCCACACUGCGCCAGCUGUGUCACUCUUCUCUUCCUUUGUCCCUUUCUUUUCUUUUUACUAUUCUCAUUCCUUUAUCCUUUCGCUUUUUCCAACUAAAUUUCUCCCUUCUCAUUAAUUAUUUCAUCUACACGCCUAAUUCUAUAUUAAAUUAUCAAUUUUUUUUCUUAAUCUUUGACUUAUUGGAUCUCGUUCUCGCCAUUAAUCACUCAUGGAGAUCCGCGCCGAUGCAGAAACCAGCUCCUUCUCAAGUUUGUUCGCGGCUGUGGCAUAUGGGUUUGCCUCCAUGGCCAUGGUUUUUAUCAACAAGGCUGUUCUUAUGCAGUAUGCAUAUUCAAUGACUCUUCUCACUUUGCAGCAAUUGGCUACUUCUUUGCUUAUUCAUGUUGGUAGACGUGCGGGAUUCACAAAGGCGAGAGGACUGGAAAUGACAACGGCCAAGCGACUUCUCCCGCUUUCAAUUUUCUAUAAUGCCAAUGUUGCUUUUGCUUUGGCCAGUUUGAAAGGAGUCAAUAUCCCAAUGUAUAUUGCGAUCAAGAGGCUUACGCCACUUGCUGUACUUAUUGCUGGGUACUUCUCGGGAAAGGGGAGACCUACAUCUCAGGUGGCUCUUUCAGUUAUAUUGAUUGCUGCUGGAGUUCUCAUUGCUGCCCUCGGAGAUUUUUCCUUUGACCUUUUUGGGUAUAGCAUGGCUUUUGUUUCCGUUUUUUUCCAGACCAUGUACCUUGUGCUGGUGGAAAGAUCUGGUGCUGAGGAUGGACUUUCAUCCUUGGAAAUCAUGUUCUAUAACAGUUUUUUAUCUCUUCCAUUUUUGAUGUUUCUCAUCAUAGCCACUGGGGAAUUCCCAAAGUCUUUAUCUUUAUUAUUUGCACAGAGUUAUUCUUUUUCAUUUUUGAUGGUUCUUAUUCUUUCAUUGGUGAUGGGCAUUGUUCUCAACUUCACGAUGUUCUUGUGUACAAUUGUUAAUUCAGCCUUAACUACAACUAUUGUUGGCGUUCUCAAAGGGGUUGUUUCCACGACCCUUGGUUUCUUCUUACUGGGUGGUGUUCAAGUCCAUGCUUUGAAUGUGUCUGGAUUGGUUAUCAAUACAGCUGGCGGUGUGUGGUAUUCAUUUGCCAAAUAUCAGCAGAAAAGAAGUAAGUCGACGAAGCUUGUACCUGAUGAGGAAGCUCAUCGUAAAUAGAACUGGUAUUGAUAAGUUGCGGUGCAAACUAACAGUUACAUAAACUGUCUCUUUACUUUUAUUUACUUGAUUGUAAGAACUGAUAGUUUAGUUAUUUUUUGCGUAUAAUUUUACAGUAAUUGCAGUCUCAUGUAGUCUGAGCUUAAGAUGUAGUAAUACUGACACAUGGUAUUCGGAAUUGCGUAAAAUAAUUGUACUUUUAUUAUUCAAA